AUGUCGUCAACAGAAGAAGAACCUCCACCCACCACUUCCGCAGCUUGCAGUAGUGUUAUAGUACCAACUCCGCACCCCGCCUCUGGUCCUACUUUACUUCCAGCACCGGUUGCCUCCCUGGUUUCGCUGAUAUCGAGGUCGACGACUGCCUCUAUUCGGCUGGGGUCGAUUAUCGGUGGGACUGUUCUUGACUCGGCACGGCUCGGGACACUCACGGGGUUGGAGAUUGGGAGAGCUGCUGCGGAAGGAAUUCUGGCUAGGGCAGGGAGGGAUGUCCGGGAUGAUGGGUGGGCUGAUAGAGGCGUAAGUAUCCGCCCUGCUCCAUCCAUGGCAAGCCGGGAGAGUCUAAUUAAUGGCUCGUGGCAGAUAAGCUUCGUCAGAUCAUCGAUAUCACUCACACAACUGUUGCUGUCUGCCGGCUUCGAGAUUGGCUUGACUACACUUACCACUGUUAGCGCCCUUGCAGAAACCUACGUUCUCACCCUUGAUUCCAUAUUCGGAAGCACGGAAAGUUCACGGGCGAUUUCUGCGAUUGUGGCAUUGAUUAAGAAGGAGAUUGAGGAGAAUGAAGCGGGGGAAGGAAAGGUUGGAGUGAGCGAUCUGGUGAUUGGAUUGUCUUGCUUUGCUAUACUACAGAUGAAGACUAGGAGGAGGAGAGAGCUUGAGAUUAAGAUGGACUUGGAAUGGGAUGAGGUGGUCGAAGAUAUUACGGACGCAGUUAGGAGGAAUGAAAACACUGCGAUUGCGGUCUAUGAGCAGCCUUCGGGGGACGAGACGGGAGGUUUACCUCCUGCUUUGAUGUUUCAAAGCUUUCCCGAGUAGGUUACCAAGUAACGAUUUGGCUCGAUCUUCGGUAUUGACUUUAUUAGGUCUGCGGAUAUAUCUGUGACCACCUCUUCAACUACUACAAACACUACGACUAUUGAAGUUGUUGGUUCUAACCCUCCAGACUUUGCUCCUCCUCCAGAUGCAGUAGUUCUAUCCGAGAGCUCCCAGCACGACGCAUCUCGACCUCACUACCGGAUCGUCUAUGAGACGACCACAAAGAAAUCGAGUAGUAAGCGGAUGAAGCGGGAGGAAGGGGCAUUUGUUGAGACCCCCUCGGAAGAGCAGGGUAGGAUUUUGGGUGAAAUCGACGCACCUCCACCUCCACCCCCAAAGGAGAAGGUCGAAGAGAAGAAGCGAGUGACGAAGAGUUCAGAUGGAUCGCAACCCCACGGAAGGUCUGGGUCUGCUGGAUUUUUGGAUGUCCCAAUCGAAGCUAAUCAGCGAAAAAGGAUUACUGCAUUGAGUAAUUCGCCUGGUGGUCCUAAAAGGGGCAAGGAAAAGAGCAAGGAUAAAGAGGGGCGCCGGAGUUCUAAGAGACCUGUUGCUCCUCAGGGAAAGGAAAAGAAGAAAAAGCAUUUCACCCCUCAGUCACUCCUUCCUCUUGGAAAAUCGAAGGAGCCCUCGGGGGAUAGGAACUUAUUACUAAGAGCUGACUCCCCAGAACUUCGUUUUAUUGAAAGUCAUGCACGAUCUUCAAGAGGCGGGAUAUUUCGCCGGGAAUCCUCGGUAUCAACGUCGACCGGCACUUCAAGUGUUCAGCAGCGGGAUUCUUUGGUGGGGAGGGCAUCCACAUCCCCACAUCUCGGCCAAGCGGAUAAUCACAUGUCACCAGGCCACUCCCGGAACGGGUCCCACACACCAUCGAUAUACACAAUUCAUACGUCGCACUCCCAAACCUCGUUACUCUUGGAAUCCUCUACCCCGCUCGUAUUCCCUUCGGGCCAUCUAAUAGAGAACCUCUCUAAAUAUAUGCGGUUUGCCUCGGCGUCGUAUGGUCAGAAAUUCUUGCGCUUAUUUGGUAUUGGAGAUGCCCCAGCGGCAUUCCCUGCUACUGCCAGCCAUCACGCGGAACACCACUCGUUCUCAUAUCAUACGAGUUUACCAGUGGACACUAUUCUCCUCUCGUCGUUUACGGAUCCAGGCGGUGGAUAUGAUACGGAUGGUGAGGUGAAUACGGGAAUUCCACUUGUUCACUUUGUUGCAGUAGAUCAUGGGGCACAGGCGAUCGUAGUGACCUGCAGAGGAACACUUGGACUUGAGGAUGUGUUGACGGAUUUAACCUGCGAAUACGCGGACUUGUGGCUUCGGGGAACCAAAUAUCGGGCCCACAAAGGAAUGUUGAACAGUGCACUGCUCCUGAUUAAGAAGGACUCUCGACUCUUAAACACUAUCAAAUCAUCCCUUGAGAAGUUUCCUGGUUACGGCCUUGUACUAUGCGGACACUCGCUCGGAGGCGGUGUUGCUGCGAUUCUCGCGAUUCUCCUAUCUGCCCCUUCAGGGUCUUCCCCGGGGCCUUACACCACUACUAACGCAUACAUCCAGCUAUUACAUUCCUCUAGUCUACGGAUCCCGGAAGGGCGCCAAAUCCACUGCUACGCCUAUGGGCCUCCAGCUUGUAUUUCCGAGCCAUUGCGUCGGCGCACCUGUUCACUGAUCACAUCUGUCGUCAAUGGCAAUGACUGUAUUCCCACUCUCUCCUUUGGUAUAAUCAGAGACUUCUGGACCGUCGCCGUCGCAUUCAAAACCGAUACUCAGGGCACAAAAGCGGAGAUCAGAAGCCGCAUCCUCCAGGGCCUAACAAGCGGUAAUGUCUCUGGCAUAGUGGGCGACGGAGACGACUGGGCUUGGAGCGUGGUCAAAACCUGUCGAGCGGGUAUGUUAUCCGAAAAGUUGGCGCCCCCGGGGAAAGUCUAUAAAGUUCAGGGGGAGAGGGUCUUCGUCAAGAAUGAAGGAGCCGGGGGAAACGGUGGGAUGAAGAGUAAGUGGAGGGUUAGGGGAUGGAGGGUCAGGGACGUCGAGAGGUGGUUUGGCGAAGUGGGGUUUGGCGGGGGCAUGUUUGGAGACCAUAAUCCUGGGGAGUAUGAGCGCGUGUUGGAGUUAUUGACGAGGGGGUUGUGUGAUGAUUGAUUGGUGGGUUAGACUACUAAUGGAGGGGAUCGCGCAUGGGAUAUUUAGUGGAGUAUAUUGUGUGGCUUUGGUUGGGAGGUCUAGCAUGUCUGUUUUUGUAUCCUUGGAGCGUGCGCAUAAAUCAGGAGUUCUAAUAUAUGUCACGAUGUUAUGCAGAG